AUGGAUGCAGAAGAUGAACAAAGUCUCGAAGAACGUCUUCGUGCGCAGAGUAGCAGCAGUAAUAACAACAACAACAAUAAUAACAAUACUACUAAUAAUACAAACAACGCAAAUAAAUCUUUAACAACUCGUGUAACAACAUCAACUGUUAAAUCCAAUCGACACGCAUUUAAAGAUGAAAAGAUUGAAUCUCAUACUGAUAAAAAUGGUGUUUGUUAUCGGGUCGGAGAUCAUGUUUAUUUGGAAACAAAUAAACAAGCAGAACCAUAUUCAAUAGCUAGCAUUCUUGAUUUUCGUUUAACAAGAAAAGAUCAUGUUAUGCUUGAAGUACGUUGGUAUUAUCGUCCUGCUGAAAUACCCCCAAAUCUUUAUCAUCUUCUUAUUGAAGAUCGUUAUCAUGAAAAUCAGGGUAACAAUCAAACAUCAUCAAUUAAAGAUAAACAAGCAAAAGAUUCUGGUAUAAUUCAAGAUCCAAAUAUUAUUGGUCGUGAAUUAUUCGUAUCGGAAAUCAAAGAAUUCUAUCCGGCCGUACACAUCAAAGGCCGGUGCCGUGUCGCUCACUAUCAAGAUAUUGAAGAAGCUCGUGCAUUUAAACCCGAUCCGGAUACAUUCUUUUAUAUUCUAACAUACAAUCCUGAAGCGCGCAGACUGGCGAACACGCAAGGUGAAAUACGUGUUGGCCCAUCACAUCAAGCCAAACUACCGCUUUUGAAAUCAUAUUCAUCAUCGUCAUUAACAAACGGUAUUAAUGAUGAUAUAUGUUUAUUGCGUGAAGAAUUAUUAUGGAAAAAUAAAACAUCCGAUAUUGAUUUAUCCAUGUAUUUACAAGCGGCACGAUCAAUCGCAGCUUUUGCCGGAAUGUGUGACAGAGGUUUACCAGAAGAUAUGUAUGAAGUAGCGCAACGGGAUGAUACCACAAUAAAUGCAUUAACUGUUUUACAUAAUCAUGAUUAUGAUUGUAAACGUGCUAUACAGGCACUUGUUAAAUGUCCCAUACCAAAAGGUAUUGAUAGAAAAUGGUCAGAUGAUGAUCAAAAGAAAUUUAUCAAAGGUUUAAGACAAUAUGGAAAAAACUUUUAUCGUAUACGUAAAGAACAUUUACCACAUAAAGAAACAUCAGAUCUUGUUGAAUUUUACUAUUUAUGGAAAAAAACUCCACAGGCACAAUCGAGUCGUCCUCGCCGUCGACAACGUCCAUGUUCAACAUCAGCUAAUCUAUCGACAACACCAACACCGGCUAAACAACGUAAUACAAAAAAUAAUAAUAAAGAUGAAUCUGAACAUAAUUCUGAUAAUGAUGAUAAUGCAACAACAGAUAGUGAUGAACAAUUUUGUCGUCAUUGUCAAACAGUUUCUAAAGAUUUACAACCAGGUGGACGUGAUAGUCAACAAUUAUGUUAUGAUUGUAGAAUGUAUUAUAAAAAAUAUGGUGAAAUGCCAAUUAUAAAUCAAGAACCACCACCAUAUUUAUUUAAACCUUUAAAUGAAACAAGUCCAAGUAGUAGUAGUAAACGAAAACGAAACAAAUAUAAACAAUCAUCGUCACCCUCAUUGAUACCUCCACCAUCUACAUCAACGUCAACAAAUGACAAGUCCGAUGAAAAUAAUUCAUCAAUAAAAACUUCAUCAACACGCUCAAAAAAGAAAACUCGUAUUAAUGAACAAACAUCAUCGAUAAAACAUGAAGGAGAAGAAGAAGAAAAUGUUAAAGAUGAAUCAACAACAACUACUGAGAUUAAAAUAGAAGAACAAGAAAAUGAAAAGCCAUUAAUAGAAUCAUCAGAUUCAAUGCUUUCUACAACAACAUCAGGUUUUCUGAUUAAAACUGAAGAAUUAUCAUCAUCAACUCUUUCUCAACCAUUACCACCUUUAAUAACGAAUUCAACAGUAUGUAAACAAGAAAUGAAUUCUCCAUCAGCAAUGCUUUCAAAUGGUGCUGCAAAAAUAACAAAUAAAAUUCUUAUUGAUCAUACAAAACAAACAAAUUCAAAUUCAAAUUUUAUUUUAUCACCAUCCUCAGCCAUUAAAUCUGAACAAAUAUAUACACAUGAAAAUUCAUCAUCUCUUCAUCCUAAUUUAUUACAGUCAUCAUUAUUAUCUUCACCUCGUUCAGCAUUUUCACGUACAUCAAAAACAUCUAUUCAUAGUCCUGAUCAACGACGAAUACCGAAAGAUGAAGAAUUCGAGUCACCAUCAUCACAACGAUCACAAUCACAUUCAAAUAGUCUAAAUCACACACCAAAAUCGACUUCUAUUCAUCCAACUAUUCUUAGCGGUGAUGUAACUCCAUCAUCUCUGAAUUUAGCAACAUUGCCGCCGCCACUUAUACAAUCAUCAUUGAAUGAAUCAAAAGAUAACGAUUCAUUAACAACUGAUAUUACUGAUGAUGGAAAUAUAUCAGAUAGUUCCAUGAAUGGUAAUCAUGAAAUCAAUAAUGACGAUGGACCACCACCAUUAGCUUGUGAACGAGAAUGUUAUAAUAAACCACAAGGUAUUGUUUUACUGAAAGUUUACGAUCGAUCCAUAUCACAAAACUCUUGUGCACGUACCGAUAUUAUACUAAAACGUGGUUCACGCGCACCUCCUCCUAAACCACAAUCACAACAGCAACCAACACAACAAAAAACAUCAUCAAGUCAUAAUAGUAAUGAACACCAACACCAUCAUCACCACCAUCAUCAACAACAACAGCAACAGCAACAGCAGCAGCAGCAGCAGCAGCAGCAGCAACAACAACAACAACAACAACAACAACAACAACAACAACAACAGCAGCAACAGCAACACUCACAAGAACUACCACCAAUACCUUUAGUACCGUCGUCGGCAGCUAUGAUGAUGAUGGGAAUUAAGCAAGAAGAUAGGAACUUAUCUAAAUUAUCCUUUUCUCUGGAUAAAGGACCACCAUUACUUCAUUCGUCAGGUCCGCCGCCGUCAUUUCCAUCGCUUAAUCCUCAUCAUGAUCCGUUAUUAAUGAAUCGUAAUAGUUCUUUAUUUCAUCCAUUGCCAUUACAUGCUCUUCCCGGUGGGCCUAAACAACCGGGAACCGGCUCUAGUGGACCACCGCCAUUGAAUUUUCCGUCGCCAUUUGGUCCAUCACUACAUGAUAACUCUGCAUUACGUCAUUUCGAUCCAUUAAAUUUUCGUUUAAUGAAUCCUGCAGCUGCUGCUCAAUUAUUUGCUGCUCAAUCACAUUACAAUAAUAAUGUUGGACGUCCAAAUCCUGCCAGUUAUGAUCCUGCUACAGCAGCUCUUUUACUUGAUCCUCGUUAUCGUAGUAUGAUGUCACAAUUUGGUUCACCAUCACAAUCGUCAGCUGUAUUACCUUCACCAUCAAGUAGUACAUCAGCAUCCGCUAAUGCUGCUGCUGCAGCUGCUGCCGCCGCCAAUAACACACAUAACCAUUCUCAUAUUCAUUCUCAUUCACAUACACAUCUUCACUUGGGUAAUAAUAAUGAUCCAUCGUCAUUAUUAUCAAAUAAUUCAGGUGGACCUGGAUUACCUCCACCGCCACCACCGCCGCCACCACCACCACCUCCAUCAAUGAUGCCAUUUGGUAAUCCUCUUUCAAAUUUAUCUCAUGGUGGACCAUUAUUACAUCAAGGUGGACCACCUCCAUCAUCCAUGUCAAGUCUUGAAGCUAUGCAUAAUUUAUCACGCGAACGUGAAUUAAUGGCAUAUAUGUUAGCUAAUGGUGCACGUUUCGAUUCAAUGGCAUUAGCGCUUGCUACGAAUCCACUUCAAAUGGCACGUCAUGAAGAUCUCUCUCGAAUGAAUGCUCGCGACAGAUCAAUACGUGAACAUAAUGAAAAUGAAUUUCGUCGUUUAAGUUUAGAUGUUGAAAGGCAACAACAACUUCGAUUUCCAUUUCAUCAUCAAUCUGAUGAGCUAGUUCGGUCUCUUUCUAGACGAUUCUAA